GAAGAACAGCGGAAGUGUAAUGCGGCGUGAGUGAGAGUUGAGCAAAAGGGACAGAGGUGAGUAACUGUCCCGUUCAAAAGUAGUGACCCGACAGAGAAAAUUUAACGGUGGAGACAUUCAACACAAAUCCACGACAAUAAUGGAGAUCGAGAAAGAAGUGAAAAAGAUAACCCUCGGCCAUGAGAUUGGAGCAGGGGCAUCCUGUCUGAAAUGCAAGGACAAGUGUGAAGGUUUUGAGCUUCACUUCUGGAGAAAGAUCUGCAGAAACUGCAAAUGUGGCCUGGAGGACCAUGAUGUGCAGCUUGAGACCGAGGAAGAUAAGAAAGUGGGCAAGCUCUUCGAGGACACCAAGUACACAGGCCUCAUAGCCAAGCUGAAGAGAGAUGGUAUCCCAUCUUACAGAGGCAACCAAUUCACCAUCAGCGUCCAGUCUCCCACCAUCAGCACCGCUACACCUUUCUCUGCGGGCACGUUUAUCCCCGCUGGUCAAGCCUACACCCCUAGUGCUCAGUCUGUACAUUCCCCACCUGCUGCCUCAGGGCCAGGAAGUCACUUCCCUUCUGCUCCAGGUGGAGGAGGGAACACUGCUGCCCCAGGGGCUGGAGGUCACUACCCUUCUGCUCCAGGUGGAGGAGGGCACACUGCUGCCCCAGGGGCUGGAGGUCACUACCCUUCAGCUCCAGGUGGAGGAGGGCACACUGCUGCUCCAGGGGCUGGAGGUCACUACCCUUCUGCUCCAGGUGGAGGAGGGCACACCGCUGCCCCAGGGGCUGGAGGUCACUACCCUUCUGCUCCAGGAGGAGGGCACACUGCUGCCCCAGGGGCUGGAGGUCACUACGCUUCUGCUCCAGGUGGAGUGCACACUGCUGCCCCAGGGGCUGGAGGUCACUACGCUUCUGCUCCAGGUGGAGUGCACACUGCUGCCCCAGGGGCUGGAGGUCACUACCCUUCUGCUCCAGGUGGAGGAGGGCACACCACUGCCCCAGGAGCCGGAGGUCACUACCCUUCUGCUCCAGGAGCAGGCUAUAAAGCUGCCCCAGGGGCCGGAGCUUACAAACCUUCUGCUGCAGGAGCAGGGAAUAUUCUUGCCCCAGGAGGAGGGCAUACUGCUGCCCCAGGUGGUGGAGCUCACACCCCUUCUAUCCCAGGAGCAGGCCAUACUGUUGUCUCCCCCUCUUCGUCCCCAGCUAAAUUCCCUGGUGCUGGCACUGCUGUUGUGCCCACCGCAGUGCCAGCCAAGACUAAUGUGGUCAAGUCCAUCACCUAUGAAUGGGCUCCAUCUGGAAUCAACCAAGGUUUGGCUCUGCGUUACAUGGAGCUUCUGCCUCCGGAGCGUCGGCCCAUCGCCGGAACGUCUGGAGCAGAUUACCGUAAGAAGCAGAUGGCCAAGCAACUUCCAGAACAUGACCAAGAUCCCGAACGCUGCCACGAACUCUCGCCCGGCGAGGUCAAGCAAAUGCAACAGUAUGUCCGCAAGUACAAGGACGAGGCGCUGGGCAUUGGCGACAUUACUCUCCCAGAAGAGAUAGGACAGGCAGGCCUGACUGGCGAUAAGGGGGCUCAAGGCCUGGGGGCUGGAACACCAGGGAGACCAGGAACUGAUUCAGCAGCAGGAGACAAAGGUGAUGCUUUUGCUAGCAAGGGAAAAGUUGGUGCUGCAGGGGCUUCUGGGACUUCACUAAGUGGACCUUCAGGGAACUAUUCUUGCCACCGAUGCCAACAGCCUAUGAAGAAGGGGGAGCCAGCUGUGUACGCAGAUCGGGCGGGCUACGAUAAACUCUGGCACCCGGGCUGCUUUGUUUGCUGUACUUGCACUGAGCUGUUGGUGGAUAUGAUCUAUUUUUGGAAGAAGGGGCAGCUGUAUUGUGGUCGCCAUUAUGGAGACAGCGAAAAGCCUCGAUGCGCAGGUUGUGAUGAGCUCAUCUUCAGCAAUGAAUACACUCAGGCUGAGGAUCUUAACUGGCACCUGAAGCACUUCUGCUGUUUUGACUGUGACUGCGUGUUGGCUGGAGAGACUUAUGUAAUGGAGAACGAGAAACCUGUCUGCACGCCCUGCUAUAUGAAGAACCAUGCUGUGUGUUGUGUGGCCUGUCACAACCCCAUUGAACCUGAAGCUCAACGCGUGUCGUAUGGAGAGUACCACUGGCACGCCGAGCCCCAGUGCUUCCAGUGCUCCGGCUGUUCCAAGUGCCUCGUUGGUCAGCGCUUCAUGGCUCUGCAGGGAAUGCUGGUCUGCUCCGUGGAGUGCAAGAAGAAAGUCAUGGCCUCCUGAAAGAACGUUCAGGAAUUUUACUUAUGCAAAAAAAUUAAGGUGAAAAGGUGCACUUAGAUACAAGCUACUGUAACAUACAUCAGUAUAUACUGCAAUUGUUGACCAAUCAUAAUUUCUGUCCUUCCAAGUAAUUCAAUGGAGCAGCUAGCAGUGUGACCUAACCUAUAUAAAGUUUUAAGAGUUCACCCAAAAUAAAAAUAUACUCACCCUGUUGUUGUUUCUAAACUCUUGGGUCCUUUCGGAACCUUAAAAGCAUCAAUCCCUAUUUACAGUAUUGUUAUUGUAUGGAUAAGAGUACAUACCAAAUUUCUUGUCCAUAAAAGGGCUUGAAAAACAUUGAGGUGAGUAAACGAUUGUUUCAAUUCUGAGUGAACUAUACAUUUACAUUUAGUAUUAUUAAAAAGCAAUAAUGGCUUUAUGGGCUACUGAAAAAAUAUUCAGACUGUCUAAAAUUGCACUUUAUUUUUUCUGUAGCUUUCACUUUGUAAUCCAAUAAAUGUUUUUUCACAUAA